AUGGCACAAACACCACAGCAACGGAGAGCCAACGAACGGUUCGCAAAGACCGAGGCCGCAAAGCGCGGUAAGGCGCCAACCACUGUCAAGCCGAAGAAGAAUACAAAGUCGCCACUUUCAGCGAGCUGGGUUGUUCUUCUCGCCUUUGUUGUUUGCGGUGGCCUCCUAUUAGAGCUUGUACGGAUUGUCCCUGAGCUAUGGUCAACCGUGGCCUCAUGGUUCACUCAGAUCACAGGGUAA